AUGCAGGAGUGUGCACCAAGACCUUGCAAGUUCUGCGAGUCCGCACUCGCUAGGUACACGUGCCCAAGGUGCAAUUGCGGGUACUGCUCCAUCAAGUGCUACAAAGAUGCCAGACACCAAGGCUGCAGUGAGGACUUCUACAAAGACUGGGUCCAAACUUACUUGCGCAUGGAACAGGCCAACCCUGAAACCCAGCGAAAGAUGGUGGGCAUACUUAAGGCCGUCCAGAAAGAUGAAGAAGAAGAAGAUGACCAGGAAACGAAUGAAGUGGCUGCUCUCGUCCAACGUCUGGAACAGACUGACAUCGACGCUGAAACUGCCUGGAGCUAUCUCACCCCAGAAGAGAGGCACGAGUUUGAACGUAUGGUUGAGACGGGUGACGUUGCAAAGCUCGUUCCACUAUGGAAGCCAUGGUGGGAAGAAACGGUCCUUGUCACUGAAGUGACUGCAGAAGAGAGCUCCAAGCAGACUGUCCAGCCUCUCAGCAUGUUGACAAGCAAGCCCCCUGCAGCAUGUGUUGUGAACAGUGUAGUGAACAUUUUGUGUAGCUACGUCCAUGUUAUACGGCUGUACAAUGGGGAGAUGGUUCCGCAGAGUACAGAAGAGUUCCUUAGCAUCAGCUCGGUUUUGACAGAUGAUGCUGCGUAUGGCACCUCGGCUGAAGCUGUUCAGGCUGUGCUGCAAAAAGUCGUCAUGAGCCAAAGUGUGACGGCUACCGAAGAGCUCCCAUCUUUGCUGAGAGCCUUUCGGAAGUUUCUGGGAAGUCCGCAAGUGAAGGCCAAUGCACUGAGAGCUUUGGAUGAAACUCGUAGUGUAUUUGAUGCAGCAACAAGGGAGCCUGAAUGCCAGCGGGAACUGAAACUAAAGCUUCGACGGGCUAUCAAGAAGGUUGAGUACAUGAUGUCAUGGACAGUAGAGCAUGGAGAAAAGCUGCUGUCAUGCCUAAAUGACAUUGAUGUUGAAGCACUUGCAGUUGCUGAGAAUGUGUCAACAUUUCAGGAGGCAUGCAAAGUUGUUGAGGAAGAGAGGAACAAGACCUCAAAGCCAAGAGUACUGAUUGAAGAGCUCAACUGAUUGCCAUGUGGCACUAAUGAUGUCAUCAUAUGCACAUUCUCGGUCAAUAAAGCUUGUGAAUUUAAGCCACACGA